AAAUGUUAUAUAUAGACGAAAAUGUAGUGUAUAUAUACAAGCAGAUUUGUGAUUGAUGUAUGUUUCCUUGAAUGAGCACUGAAUUAACUAUAAUUCGUGAUUUUAAAUUUGUCGAGUUCUGUAGAUAUAUCGUUCGCUGACACGUGGAUUUUAUCCCCUUCUCUUUUCCUUCCCCCACCUCAUACAUAUAUAAACUCACGCAAGCGAGCUGCAGAUCACAGAUCGCAGUGCGAUAGUCAUUGAGUGAAGAGUUCGACUGUACACGAAUCUCGAUUAUGAAUACCGUUACUUGCAUUGCACCGGUCAAUAUCGCAGUCAUUAAAUAUUGGGGAAAAAGAGAUGAAUCUUUAAUUUUACCAACUAAUGAUUCUAUAAGUGCUACUUUAGACACGAAUCAGCUGUAUGCAAAAACUAGUGUCAUGAUCAGCCUUGAUUUCAAAGAAGAUCAAAUUUGGUUGAAUGGCAGGGAAGAAGAUAUAAAAAAUCCAAGACUUCAAAAUUGUUUGAAAGAGAUUAAGAAACGUUCGCAAUUACCUGGUUAUAUGAAUGACUGGAAGAUUCACAUCUGUUCAAAGAAUAAUUUUCCAACUGCUGCUGGUUUAGCUUCCAGUGCAGCAGGAUACGCAUGUCUUGCAGCAGCACUGGCCAAGCUUUAUAAAAUAGAGGGAGACAUUAGUGUUAUAGCACGUUCUGGUUCUGGUUCAGCUUGUCGUAGUGUUAUGGGUGGUUUUGUAAGAUGGCACAUGGGUCUAGACAAGUAUGGAAUAGACAGCGUGGCAAAGCAGAUUGUGCCUGCUUCUCAUUGGCCGGAAAUGAGAAUUUUAGUGCUAGUUAUAAACGAAGAACAAAAAAAGGUUCCAAGUGCAAUAGGUAUGAAACGAAGCAUGGAAACAUCUCAAUUUCUGCAGUAUAGAAUAACACAUACAGUUCUGGAAAGAGCUAAUAAAAUGCAACAGGCAAUCAUUGAAAAGGAUUUUAAAACUUUUGCCGAACUCACUAUGAAAGAUUCGAAUCAAAUGCAUGCUGUAUGCCUUGAUACAUAUCCUCCAUGUGUUUAUAUGAACAAUAUCUCUAACAGUAUCAUAAAUCUUAUACAUUCCUAUAAUGAGGCAGUUAAUGACAUGAAAGUUGCUUACACUUUUGACGCUGGACCGAAUGCAACAUUAUAUUUAUUAGAGAAGGAUGUGCCAGCAGUGAUGGGUGUUCUGAAUCACUUCUUUCCUCCUCUUGAAAAUGUGGAAAUUGAAUAUAAAAGAGGAUUAUCUGUCGAAGAAAUCAAACCUACAAAAGACUUAUUGGAGAAAUUGAAGUUUCAAAAACAUCCAUCAGGACAACUUAAGUAUAUAAUAUAUACCAAAGUGGGAGAUGGGCCUAAAUAUCUCGAUAGCCCACAGGAUCAUUUGUUAGAUGGUCAGGGUAAUCCUAUUAAUUUUUCUUGAUAUUUCCUAUUAAUUUUUCUUGAUAUUUCCUAUUAAUUUUUCUUGAUAUAUCCUAUUAAUAUUUCUUGAUAUAUGUGACAUAUAUUUUUAUUAUCUAUUAUUCUAAUAAGCAAAAAUAAAUCAUUUAUAUUUAA